UUUUGAUUUUGUUUGUUUUUGAUACGAUUUCGAGCCGAUAGCCUCGAGCGCUUCGAGAAUUUAUUUUGCAUUCAAUCAUUUAAAUUAAUAUUAAUUUAUAAUGGAAAAGCCACAGAAAAUGCCCAAAGUGGCUAAGGUGAAAAACAAAGCCCCCGCGGAGGUGCAAAUCACAGCAGAACAGCUGCUUCGUGAGGCCAAGGAACGAGAUUUGGAAAUUUUACCACCUCCGCCGAAACAAAAAAUUUCCGAUGCUGCUGAAUUAGCCGACUAUCAGCAAAGAAAGCGCAAAACUUUCGAGGACAAUCUUCGUAAAAACAGAAUGGUGGUGAGCAACUGGAUCAAAUACGCCCAGUGGGAGGAAUCGCAGAAGGAGAUCCAGCGAGCGCGGUCCAUCUGGGAACGUGCGAUUGACAACGAACACAGAAACAUAACGAUAUGGCUCAAAUAUGCCGAGAUGGAAAUGAAAAAUCGCCAGGUAAAUCAUGCCCGGAACCUGUGGGAUCGAGCCGUGACAGUGAUGCCCCGGACGAAUCAGUUCUGGUACAAAUACACUUAUAUGGAAGAGAUGCUGGAGAAUGUGGCCGGAGCGAGGCAGGUUUUCGAACGAUGGAUGGAAUGGCAACCGGAAGAACAAGCGUGGCAGACCUACAUCAAUUUUGAGCUGCGAUACAAGGAAAUUGAUCGGGCCAGACAGAUCUACGAGCGUUUCGUAAUGGUUCAUCCGGAAGUUAAAAACUGGAUCAAGUAUGCUCGAUUUGAGGAGGCUCACGGAUUCGUCAACGGUGCUCGAUCGGUUUAUGAACGGGCAAUUGAGUUUUUUGGGGAUGACAAUUCGGACGAACGGUUGUUUAUUGCUUUUGCGAAAUUUGAAGAAGGUCAGAAAGAGCACGAUCGUGUCCGUGUGAUUUACAAAUACGCUUUGGAUCAUCUACCGAAGGAACAGACGGCGGAUCUUUACAAAGCGUAUACGAUUCACGAGAAGAAAUAUGGCGAUAGAUCCGGAAUCGAAGAUGUGAUCGUUUCAAAACGUAAAUUUCAGUAUGAGCAGGAAGUUGCUGAGAAUCCAACAAACUACGAUGCUUGGUUUGAUUACCUUAGACUGGUCGAGAAUGAGAUGAACCAAGAAUUAAUCCGAGAAACGUACGAAAGAGCCAUUGCCAAUGUUCCUCCAGCAAAGGAUAAAAAUCUGUGGCGGCGGUAUAUUUAUUUAUGGAUUAAUUAUGCACUUUAUGAAGAACUAGAAACUGACGAUCUUGAGAGAACUCGACAAAUCUACAAGACAUGUCUCGAACUUAUUCCCCAUAAAAUAUUUACAUUCAGCAAAAUGUGGCUGCUCUAUGCCCAGUUUGAAAUCCGUUGUAAAAAUCUGCAAGUCGCCCGGAAAGCUCUGGGAAUGGCGAUUGGGAUGUGCCCUCGGGAUAAAUUGUUCAGAGGAUACAUCGAUCUGGAAAUUCAACUAAGAGAAUUCGAUCGUUGUCGAAUCUUAUAUGAAAAAUUCCUUGAAUUUGGACCAGAAAAUUGCAUCACCUGGAUGAAAUUUGCCGAAUUGGAAUCCUUACUGGGGGACAUCGACCGUGCUCGAGCGAUUUACGAGCUGGCCAUCCAACAGCCUCGCUUAGACAUGCCCGAACUGCUCUGGAAGAGCUACAUUGACUUUGAGGUACAGCAAGGAGAGUUUGAGUUUGCGAGGCAACUAUACGAGCGUCUCUUGGAGAGGACAACGCACGUUAAAGUGUGGAUAUCGUUUGCCAAGUUUGAAAUAGCGGCGGAAAAUGAAGACAACAUCAAUGUGCAGCUGUCUCGGCGGGUUUACGAAAGGGCCAACGACAGCUUAAAAAAUGCAACUGAAAAAGAGUCACGCGUGUUAAUUCUGGAAGCCUGGCGGGACUUUGAGAAGGAGCAUGGCGAUGAUGAAAACCUACAGAAGGUGAUGGCGAAGAUGCCACGAAAGGUUAAGAAACGACAGAAAAUCAUCUCCGAGAGCGGCGUGGAAGAAGGAUGGGAAGAGGUGUUCGACUUCAUCUUCCCAGAGGACGAGAUGGCUAGGCCGAACCUGAAACUGUUGGCCGCGGCCAAGAGUUGGAAAAAGCAAAAAGAGGUAGUUGUCGCACCGGCUGAGGGAAAUGAUAAUCGAAGUAAUGAUGUUGCUGAAGAGCAAGCAAAGGACGACUAAUUGUAAUGUCGAUUUAAAUAAACUAAGAAUAAUUAGAUUCAAAGAAAUACAUUAUUAUUUUCUAUUGAUCUAUUUCUA